AGUGUACAUAUCAGUAUCUUCAACUGUUAAAUUAUACAAUUCCCCACUCAAAAAAAAAAAAUAAAAAUAAAAAUAAAAUAAAAACAAAUCUCCUUAAAGCUUAUGGGUGAAAUUAAAUUCACUAAAUAAACAAAUAAAGUUUGAAUUGGUCAAAAUAUGCAAAUUUUCUUCCUCAGCAACGUAAGUCAUUUAAUAUUGUCCAAGUAUAUAAACAAUGGAAGAUCACCCGCAUUACAUAUUCCUUUAAAAUGUUUUUCUACUUAUUUUUGUUGUUGCUGCUGCUGCUCCUCCUCCAUACAGAAUACAGCCAUGGAGUUGACCCCUACCAAUGCCCAGAAUCAAGAUGCGGAGCAGAUGGUCCGAUGGUCCGAUUUCCAUUUAGGCUGGAAAAGAUUCAACCACAGCACUGUGGGUAUCCUGGAUUCCAUCUCUCUUGCACUGAAAACAACCAGACUCUGCUCCGCCUUCCAGUUUCGGUCAACCUCUUUGUAACACAAAUCGAUUACCAGAAUCAAAAAAUCUACAUCCGUGAUCCUCAUGAUUGUCUUCCCAACCAGCUUCAAAACCUCACUCUAUCUGCUUCCCCUUUCAAAUUUGAUGCUAAUAUCCUCCAUGAUUUCACCAUAUUCAGUUGCUCGUCAACAAGGGGAGCUAUAUUCAACAGAUGGGAUAGAAUAGAGUGCUUAAGUGUGCCAGAAUCUGAGGCUUUAACUGUUCCGUCAUUUGACCACAUAGAUGAACUGUCACUAACUUAUUGUACCAAGAUGUAUGACCUCUCAUCUCUUCCGUACUCUGUAUUUUUAACAAAUACAGAUCAUUCUUUAUUUUGGUCAAAACCAUCUUGUGGGCGUUGUGAAGCCAAAGGAAAUAUGUGCAGAUUGAAGACCGGUACCUCAAAGCCAGCAAUUCAAUGUCUCAGCAUCCACCCUCAAUACAAAGGAGGGUGGAGGAAGAGGCUAAAGGUUGCAGGGUCAAUCUUAGGUUCACUUCUUCUUGCUGUGAUAAUCUUUGGAGGGUACAGAUUUUACACUUCUGACAAAGCUGAAAAAGAAAACCAAGCAAAAAUAAAACAGUUUCUAGAGGACUUUAGAGCUCUUAAGCCUACCAGAUAUUCCUAUGCUGACCUUAAGAGGAUAACUAAUCAGUUUAUGGAAAAUCUGGGUGAAGGAGCCUAUGGAACUGUGUUUAAAGGAAAGCUGUCAAAUGAAAUCUUUGUGGCUGUAAAGAUACUCAACAAUUCUACAGGGAAGGGUGAAGAGUUCAUAAAUGAAGUGAAGACAAUGGGUAGAAUCCACCAUGUUAAUGUGGUUCGCUUGGUUGGCUAUUGUGCUGAUGGCUUCAGACGAGCUCUCGUAUAUGAAUACUUGACAAACAAUUCACUGCAGAAGUUCAUAUCUUCUGCAGACAAAAAUAGCAACUUUCUUGGUUGGCAUAAAUUGCAGGAUAUUGCUCUUGGCAUAGCCAAAGGCAUUGAGUAUCUGCACCAAGGUUGUGAUCAAAGAAUUCUCCAUUUUGAUAUCAAACCUCAUAAUAUCUUACUAGAUGAAAACUUCAAUCCUAAAAUCUCAGAUUUUGGUCAGGCUAAGCUGUGUUCCAAGGAUCAAAGUGCAGUGUCGAUGACAGCAGCAAGAGGAACAAUGGGCUACAUUGCUCCCGAAGUUUUCUCGAGGAACUUUGGGAAGGUAUCUCACAAAUCGGAUGUUUAUAGUUUUGGGAUGUUAUUGCUUGAAAUGGUUGGAGGUAAGAAGAACAUGAAUAUUGCAUCUGACAACACAUGCCAAAUCUACUUCCCGGAGUGGAUAUAUAAUCUUUUGGAACAAGGAGACGAGUUAAGAAUUCAUAUGGAGGGAGACGAAGAUUCUGAAAUUGCUAAGAGGCUUGCAAUUGUUGGAUUGUGGUGCAUACAAUGGCAUCCAAUUGACCGUCCUUCAAUGAAGGUUGUUGUGCAAAUGUUGGAUGAAGGAUAUGAUCUCACAAUGCCUCCAAAUCCUUUCGCCUCUACGCACCUUAAAGGACCUACUACAAGCAUGGUUCUAAGGCAUAGGCACCGGGAACUCAAAACCAUCUCUGAAACUCACCAAGAAUUAGACAUCAUCCACGAGAUGGAGUGACAAACUUGUCUGGAACCGGAUCACAAUUCAGCAACACAAUGUUAUUUCUAUGCUCUAAAAUUCUGCAACAAGAUAAAUGAGUGUUUAUUGCUGCAAAAUUCUGAAAGAACAGUGAUUCACUGGAGAACUUAACUUCCCUUUGUCAAAUAUUAGGACUACAAGCACAAAGGUUCAACGAUAUUGUAUAAAUCAAUAUCAUAUUCUCCGUGGAACCAAGUAAAUAGAGUGUAUCAGUGAAUGAUUUCUGGUGGUGUCUAUGAGAACUUAUUAUUUUUCCCUGCUA